UGGAUUUGUUUGAUCUGGACCUCAUUGCCAGAGGUUUUGUUUCCUACUUUGAUAUGAUAUUCACAGAAGCAGGUAAGUGACAGCUAGGAUCAAAUAUAAACAGAAGUCAAGCCUUUUAGUCAUUAAUAUAGGACCACUACUCCAACAUGUUUUGAUAUAGCCUACAACUCAAGCUUUAAAGUGUAAAGUAGCUAAGAUGAAAGAAUGAGAUAGUUUUUUUCUAUUUUCUGUUCCUAGAAACUGUAUUUUUAGUUAUUAACUAAAAUUAUUUUAAUUAUUUUACUAUUCUAGAAUUAUUCUUAAAAUAAGGAAGUAGUAUGUCAUUGAUGACACUCGUUUAAAAUAAUACAUUGUUAUUUCCUUUUGGAAAAGUUAAUUUUGCAAACUAAUUCUGUGUAUUUACCUUUCAGUUAAGUUCUUUCUAUACCAUCAAAUGACCAUUUCUCUUCUGCUUUCUUUGGGUAAUUUUAUUUUUACUUAAGCUUAGAUUGGCUAUUAUUGACUUAUGUUUCACCAGUGUUUAUUAUGCUAAAAAAAGGAUUUGGGUCUUGAACUCAUCCUAGGUCUAGAGGGCAUCCAAAAACUCUAGGACUUUGUACUAAUGCUUUCCUUUUCUGAUGAAAUAUUGCCUCUUUAAUUAAUCCCCAGAGAUUUUUGUCCUUUCUGAAGCUGUAAACUGAGAACAGAAAUACUCUCUUGAAAGAAGUCCAGGUAGGUUUCAUCUUUCCUCAACUUGCCUGGCUUUUGGUGAGUUUGGGAGUGUUGACAGUAUCUUGAGCUAUCUUGGCAGAUAAUUAGGAUCAGAAGGAGAGUAGUCCUCAGGCAAGGGUCCAGAUCCUUACUUGCCUCAUUAGAGAGAAUUCAGACUUGUCUGUCUGGUUGUUAGGGUAUACUUAAUCACUGAGACCUAGCAUUUCAGCAGUUUGCAGAGAAAAUGAUAUGAAGGAACAGCUGCAAGUAAACCCCAGUCUGGAUCUGAGGAGAUCAAGCAUUCACUUCACUUGGAGGAAAGAGAGAAGGAAGAAAGCCCAGGGCUUAGCAGGGGCCAUGGCUCCACGUUCUCGGAGACGAAGGCACAAGAAGUUUCUGUCAGAGGCUUCUGUGAUUGUGAACGCACCCACAGUUGUGACUCCUGUAGCAAUGACGCUCUCAAAAUCUGGUCCUAGCAUUGAUGCUCUUGGCUUCUUCUCCUUGGACAGUAAUGUUCCUGGUCUGUCCCAGCUGAUCCUUGAAAAGCUGAACAUGAAAAGCUAUGAUGAAUUUAAGUUGGUAGUAGAUGGGGGAACCCCUGCCUCAGGCUUUGGAUUUCGAUGUCCUAAAGAAAUGUUCCAAAAGAUGGAGGACACGUUCCGAUUCUGUGCUUACUGUAGAGCACUGCCUAGUGGCCUUUCAGACUACAAGGUUCUCCGACACUGUAAGAGGUGCAGAAAUGUCUACUACUGUGGUCCAGAAUGCCAAAGAUCAGAUUGGCCAGAACACAGAAGGGUUUGUCAAGAACUUCGUCUCGUGGCUGUGGAUCGUCUCAUGGAAUGGCUCCUGGUCACAGGUGAUUUUGUCCUACCAUCAGGACCUUGGCCAUGGCCCGCUGAAGUUGUACGGGACUGGGAUACCUGGUUUUCUAUGAGGAAGUUACAGCUGGAUCCUAUCUUGGAUGCUGUGCUAGGUAGUCAUGCUAUGACUACUCUAUGGGCCAGUGUAGGAAGGCCAAGGCCAGAUCCAGAUGUCCUACAGGGUUCUUUGAAGCGGCUGCUAACAGAUGUUAUAUCACGUCCCUUGACACUGGGCUUAGGGCUUAGGGCCCUGGGGAUAGAUGUUGGGAAGACUGGGAGAUGCACAUUGCAUGUGGCUGGUGCUUCCCAUGUGGAGACACUUCUCUCUCGUUCUGGGGACUAUGAUGAGCUUGGAUACAUGUUUCCUGGACACCUUGGCCUCCAUGUAAUCAUGGUAGGUGUGGAUGUGGCUACUGACUUUUUACAGAGCACCUCAGCUUCAUCUUUGGAACCUGGCACAGUUCAGCUUGGUGGCCACAGAGGACUCUAUCAUGACUUCUGGGAGGAGCAGGUAGAGACUGGACAUGUAGCCCAUCCAGAUAUGGUCGUAGCAUUCCAUCCAGGUUUCCAUGCUUCCCCAAACUUGAUGGAAUCUUGGCUCCCUACUCUGCUGCUGCUUCGUGACUAUGAGAUCCCUACAUUGAUUACGCUUUACAGCAAACAGGAAUUGGCAGCCUCUUUACAGAUACUGGUGGACCUGGAUAUGCACAUCAUUGGCUAUGGAGCUAAUCCUUUCACAUCCCUCAAACCUGAACAGGUCUAUUCUAAUCCCAACAAGCAGCCAGUAUACUGCAGUGCCUACUACAUAAUGUUUCUUGGAAGCUCUUCUUGCCAGCUAAAGGAAGGCAAUUAGAUAGUACAUGGUGGUAUUUAAAUAGCUAAACCAGAUCCUUACUGGAUACCAGGGAAAUGAGAAGACUGUGAUGAAGUUACCCUGUUGAUGUCAGAUUGUGGCCAACUUUGAAAUAUCUCCUAAACUUUAUUUAUCACUCAAAUAAAGUGAAUGAGAGCGUCAAUAUUACGUGACUCAUUUCUAACAACUUAGUCAUAGCUAGGUAUAGUGAUGCAUGUCAGUAAUCCCAGCACUCAGAAGGCUAAGGCAGAAAGAUCUCAAGUUGAAGGCUAACCUGGGCUACAUAGCAAGAUACUAUCUCAAAAGGAAAAAAAAAGUCUGAGGUUAGUCAAAGUAAUGACUAGACAUAGGUUUCUAGAGUUACUUGGUAUCAAGCAAUCAAAAAUCUAGAGUUCCUAAUAGUUUCCUUUGUGUGAAAGAUACCUAUUGAAUAGAACUGGAUGUCACUGAAAACAAGAAUGAGAACUACCUGAAUCUUCCUUCUCAAAAAGACUUUCUGAUGUAACAAUUUGGGCUUAAAAAUGGAAGUGUUAAUUCGAGUCAACAAGUUUUGGUGACACGAAGAAAGUUGUAAGGAUCCUAUUUUCUUGAUUUGUUCUAGAGAAAUAUCUCUUUCCCCUCUGUCUUUUGGGCAGGGUGGGGGAGAGGGGAUUCUGACUUGAGAGAGGCCCUGGUAUUGUAUCUACAUAUCCCAGGGUAUAUCAGAUUUCACCUGUCCUGCAAUAAAAUUAGGUUUUCUGUU